AUUUGUAAUUACAAUCACCCCAGAACACAUUAGGAUAAUAUUUAUAAAUUUUCAUCAAUGGUAGCAUUAACGCCCAGGACAUGAAAUCUUGGCUUCGGUAAUUUUUCAGGGAUGUGACUAUAAUUACCAAUACCACAUGGUCCAUAGAGUUAUUUUAGCAAACAUCAGGGGUGUAUAUGCAAUUUACCCUAAUUUUUACUCAAUCACAUAGUAGAAGAACAGAAUUAAUGAAUAUUCGAAUGUAAACAUUAACAAGUAAAUUGUUCUUGCCUCGAGAUGUAGACAUAAGCAAGUGGAAUGCUUUGUUUAAUAUACUUGUGCUUCAAGUUCAAGAAACUCAGUUGAAUCUGUCUGGACAAAUAAAUAUAUUUAAAAAACUCCUCUUGCUAUUGGCUUCAAUUUAAAAACAGAUUAAUCCAGCUCUUACAUUUGUAUAUAUAUAUUCAAUCUAGUGAGUGAUAACAACACCAUUGAUAUAUCUAGCUAGAACUUGAUCCAUUCCAUCCACAUGGCUCGGCGGUUAUUCACCGGAAGCCUGUGUUCGUGGCGGCGGCUGGCGGUUCUCAGCCUCACCUUCUUUCUAGCCGUCCGCUUCUGCUCUUUCUAUAACCGUGUCGGUGUAGAAAUGGAGAAAAUGAGGCGCAUCGUAGCCCUCACCCCCCUCCCCCUACUAAAAUUCGACCAAGUCGAGAUAUUGACCCUUCUACCCCCGUACGGACUGAAAAACCCUCACAAAAUCAACCUCAAUAACGAGUUCCUCAACGAAUCAUCUCUUACAAGGAAUAUCUUCUUCCCGAGAGAUGUUGUGGAUCCAAGAAUCGAUGUUGAGAUCAAAGGCCGUUACUAUUAUCCGGGAAAAGUGUGGCUAGACACAGACGGAAAUCGAAUCCGGGCCCACGGCGGAGGCAUCUUGUUCGACGAGAAAUCGGAGACCUACUAUUGGUAUGGAGAGUACAAAGAUGGCCCCACCUACCACGCAUCCGAAACGGGCCCCGCACGUGUAGAUUUCAUCGGUAUCGGAUGCUACUCUUCCAAGAACAUGUGGGCGUGGAAAUUCGAAGGCGUUGUGCUCUCUGCAGACGAAACGGACGAGACGCAUGAUCUACACAAGAAGAAAGUGGUGGAGAGGCCUAAAGUGAUCUACAACGACAAGAACGGUAAAUAUAUAAUGUGGAUGCACGUAGACGAUUCUACAUACAAGAAAGCCUCGGUGGGAAUAGCCACGAGCGAUUCCCCCGUGGGCCCGUUCGAGUAUCUCAGAAGCCUGAACCCCAACGGGUUCGACAGCCGGGAUAUGACGGUUUUCAAGGACGAAAAUGGGAUCGCGUAUUUGAUCUACUCCUCUAAUAAAAAUAAAGAGAUCCACAUUACUAAAUUGGAUCAAGAUUAUCUCGACGUCACCGACGAGACUGAGCGGGCCCUAGUGGGCCAGUACAGGGAAGCUCCGUCGGUGUUCAAGCACGACGGGGUGUACUACAUGGUGACGUCCGGGUGCAGCGGGUGGGCCCCGAACGAGGUUGCGGUCCACGAGGCGGAGUCGAUAUUCGGGCCGUGGGAGAGUAUCGGGAACCCUUGUGUUGGUGCGAACAAGGCCUUUCGGGCCGCGACUUUCUUUUCGCAGGGGACGUUCGUGGUUCCAAUGCCAGGUGGCGAGCACGGUUCGUUCGUUUUCAUGGCGGAUAGGUGGAACGCGGCGGAUUUGAGGGAUUCGAGGUACGUGUGGCUACCGUUGACCGUGAGACGGAGGAACGAAAGGUAUAACGCGAUUCCUUUGUGGUCUAGGGUUUCAAUCUUUUGGCAUGAAAAAUGGAGAGUAUCAAAGAAUGGUGAGGUUGAGUUUGUUACAGGCUGGGAUUUGUAAUUUUGAAUUAAAUAUGCCAACAUAAAUAAGAAAUUAAUUUUAUUACAACUUUAUAUAUAUAUAUUUAUGAAUAUAAUGUAGGCGAAUUGGAAUUUUAAAUCAGAUGUUCAUUCAAAAUAGAAUCAAAUAAAAACAGCCAAAAAAAAAAAAA